AAUAGGGCAACAAAUUUUAGGAGGACAAACAAAAUAUUAGCUACAUGUAAAAAAUGUGGAAAUGCGCGAAAGGCUAAAAAUAAAAACAAUUUGACAGAUAAGGCUAAAUGUAUGGAAGAAAUUUCAUUGCUCCUGAAAAAGCUAGCAGAAUGUAGACUAAACUAUAGAGAGCCCCUUUUAGAAAUAAAAGGAACGUUAUCAGGAUGUAAAGAUAAUUCGGGGCCUAAAGUUGUAGUGGCCAGAAAAAAACUAUUAGAUAUCAAGAAAUCAAUCGCUAAAGAUUUAGGAAUCAAGGACUUAAUGAGUAAAGAAGCGAAGACGAAAGAAAUUGACAUUAUAGAAUUGAUUAAGCGUAUACCUACUUAUAAGGAGAAUUGCCAGGCGCAAAUUCGAGGAGCUAAACAGAAAAUUAUGGAUUGUAGGGACAGCUGUGAGGCGCAAAUUCGAGGGGCUAAACAGAGAAUAACGGACUAUAAGGACUGCUGUGAGGCGCACAUAUCAGAUGCGAGAAGAAAAAUGACGGAUUAUAGGGACGACUGUGAGGCGCAAUUUUUAGACGCCAAGAAGAAAAUAACAGACUAUAGAGACGACUGUGAGGCGCAAUUUUUAGACGCCAAGAAGAAAAUAACAGGCUAUAGGGACGACUGUGAGGCUCAAAUUCGAGGGGCUAAACAGAAGAUAACGGAUUAUAAGGACUGCUGCGAGGCACAGAUUCGAGGAGCUAAACAAAAAGUGACGGAUUAUAAGGACAGCUGUGAGGCUCAAAUUCUAGGGGCAAAAAAAAAAGUGACGGAUUAUAGGGACAGCUGUGAGGCUCAAAUUCUAGGGGCCAAAAAAAAAGUGACGGAUUAUAAGAAGAAUUGCGAAGCGCACAUUACAGGGUUCAAAGAUAAAAUGUCAGAUAUUAAAAAAUCAUUCUAUAAUAACUGA